AUGGGCAUUCCCAGAAUUUCUCGAAGAGGUCUCAAAAUAUGCUGUGGCGUGACAGCAAUUUUCCUAGUUAUUAUUGCGAUCGUUGUCACUACUUUGGCCUUUACCCUUUUCAAACCAAAGCACCCAGAAAUCACAGUUUACCCUCAAGGCCUGGAAAAUAUUGCUUUUGGUUUAGGAGGCUUCUUCAAUGCAACAUCAGUAAACGCCACGGUAGGAUUGAUCCUCUCCAUUAACAAUCGUAACUACGGCAGUUUCAAGUUCAAGAACACGACUGCCUUUGUAGACUAUCGUGGGGAUGUCGUAGCGGAAGUUACAAUCGAGCAAUCGCUGGUUCCGGCACAUGGGAAGGUUAACAUCAGCGCCUCCGCUGAUAUAAUGGUGGAUCGAUUGAUUACAAACACUACGUUUUUGGCUGAUGUUUUAGCUGGUUCCGUCAAUUUUACGAUGGAUACUACGGUGCAUGGGAAGGUGACGGUGUUCAAGGUUUUGAAGUUUCAUGCAUCGGUUCCUAACAGAUGUGACAUCUCAAUUUUCAUCCUAUCUCAAAGUUUUGAGUCGACAUGCAGGACCAAACUUAAGCUGUAA